AUGGGUCACGCUGCAGGUCUCCGCGCCGGAACGAGAUAUGCCUUCUCUCGGGAUUUCCGCAAGAAGGGCAUGAUCGCCCUGUCCACCUACCUUAGACAGUACAAGGUCGGCGACAUUGUGGACAUCAAGGCCAACGGUGCCGUCCAGAAGGGUAUGCCUCACAAGGUCUACCACGGCAAGACCGGUGUCAUCUACAACGUCACCAAGAGCGCCGUCGGUGUCAUCAUCUACAAGAAGGUCAAGCACCGGUACAUCGAGAAGCGCAUCAACCUCCGCCUCGAGCACGUCCGCCUGUCGAGAUCCCGCGAGGACUUCAUCAAGCGCGUCAAGAAGAACGCCGAGCUCAAGAAGCAGGCCAAGGCCGACGGCACCACCGUCCAGGUCAAGAGAUUAGCCACCCAGCCCCGCGAGGCACACGUCGUCUCCAUGAAGGACAACAAGCCCGAGACGGUGGUUCCGAUUGCCUACGAGACUACCAUCUAA